GAGGUAGCAACAGACAGUUAGUAGUGAGUUUCUGUAGCUGAGUGUUUAUUAUGUCCGCCUUCCCACUUUGCCUCCCAGGAGCCCAGGCAACUAUGCGCUGCCCCAGCAUCUCCUUGUGUGGGUUCCUAUGGGCCUGGCUGCCCCUCCUCCACGGCCGGCCGGUGAAGAUCGACAAGGUCAUGGCCGACACCAAAAGCCUCACCAAGACCAUCGUGGGCCGGAUCCAGGAGCACCAGUUCCCUCCGCUGAGCCUGAGGGUCCAUGGGCUGGACUUCAUCCCGGCGGAGCUCCCGGCGCCGAGCCUGGAGGCCAUGGACACCACGCUGGGGGUCUUCCAGCAGGUCCUGUCCAGCCUGCCCUGGGAGGCGCCCGUGGCCCAGAUCGGCUACGACCUGGAGAACCUGCGGAGCCUCCUGCGUCUGCUGGGCGCCCACCUGGGCUGCCCGCUCCAGAGGGGCCCCUCGGCCGAGGACCUGGGCAACCUGACGGAGCUGCUGGCCGUCUCCCCGUACACCACCUCCGUGGUGGCCUUGGGCCGGCUGCAGAAGUGCCUCCGGGAGAUGGACCGGCUCCUGGACCGCCUCCAGCUCUGCUAGCGGAGGGCAAGGGCAGGCGGAGGGCCAAGGCCUCGGCGGCACAGGGAGAUGGGCCUUGGGUGCAACAUCGGCCUCCAAGUUCCUGCCGUUCCUGCACCAUCUCCACCACAUUCCUUUCAGGAUAUGCUUGACUUGAUUUGGGGAACUGGGCAGAAGAUGGGUGGAGGUCCUUUUGGGGGGAGAUGGGGGGUGGUAUGCCACGGCUGAGCCCGGUGCAGACUCGGAGAAAGAGAAGCCAAGGCUCCAGCCGCACAAGGAGCCCAAACCUCUUGAGCAAGGCUAGAGCAGAAGCCUCCCUUGCAGUUCCAAAGGUGAAGCUGGCUUUGGCAGCAUCACCCCCGUAUUCCUGGAAAGGGUUUUUCCGGAUAUGCUUUACUUGAUUUGGGGCAGUGGGUGCAGUCUUGUGGCAGAAGAUGGGUGGAGGUCCUUUUUUGGAGCGGGGCGGGAAGGGGAUGGUGUGCCACGGUUGAGCCUGGUGCAAAGUCAGAGUCAAAGCAAGGCCUCAGUGGCAGAAGGAGACGAACUAGACUCCGUAUAGAGUCUUGCGAGGCCAAGGCUGAAUCGGACUUUUGCAGCAUCACCACCGUGUUGCUUUACUUGGUUGGCUUCUUGGAGGGCAGACACUGUGCCAUGGCUGAAACAUAGGAUAGGCAU